AUGACGGCGAUGAAUGAUUUUGAUUGCACUGAUACACAUCGCGAAGAUUUACCCAAAGCACCAAUAGCCAUGGCACAAGUGUCAAAUGCAUCGAAAAAUGAUCGCCCGGUACAGAUAUCAGCAACCGAUGAAAUUCCAACUGCCAAGCGACGAAACUGGGGUGAGGUGGCCGGUAGUCAAAUUGAGACCCUGAAUCUAGGACCCGUCGAUCGGACCUCUAUCCUAGAGCAUUUGAUUUCAAAUGUGUGCCUCCAAAUGGGCGAAAGAUAUUCUUCUGUGCUCGAGUAUGAUAUCUCUAGAAUACUCGAAGACAGCUUGAGCCCAGUCGUGAAGGAUAUUUGUAAACAGGGCAAAUUCGAUCUGAACAGCCUCUUGGAAAUUGGACAGGACCCAGAAACGAAAAAGGAAGCUGGUGUCUAUCUUCACAUUUUAUGGAGAGAGGAUGAAACGACGGAACGAUUUUGGCUUUACGUCGGACAAGCAUGCGUGCUGUGUCUGAGAAUUCAAAAACACAAAGAUCCCAAACAUCGUCGGAAGAAUAUGGGACUACACUACGCAGUGUGGGGAUCUGCCGUGGAUAUGAAAUCAGCCUUUGUCACUCUGGCUAUCCUCGAUGCCCCGUCUUCUCCUCAGACGCAGCUAGUUCUCAAUCUAGCAGAGAUGUGGAUGUGCCUAGUAUUCCAAACACUGACUUCCCUUCACCUGGGCUCCUGGUUGCCGAAAAGCACGAACGCUAUGUGGUCGGGUAAUCAUCUCAAUGUUGCGCUGCCAUUAUGGCAAGGAUUCACAGAUACGCAAGAGAACAAAGCUAUCACGGACGCAAUUGGCGGAAGAUCAACCUUUCAGCAAUACCUUGCAUCUGAGGAUUCGGUUAUUCGGGCAUGGGCAGAACAAACCAGGGAUGCGUUCAACGAUAUACGAAACUCGCCUGACCCGGGGAUCAGAAAUUACUGGUGGGAUCUUCACAAAGAGCGUAUCCUUAAGGCACAGGACACCUGGGGUAAAAAGAAAGCCAGCAUGGCUAAGAAGCACCUCGAAGGGGCCAAAGCUCUCGUUACAUUGCAUUCUGGAAAUCGUGGAAGCCAUCAGACUGAGGUCAGAGCCGGGAGCUUCAGGUUCACUGUUUCACAAACACUUGGGCUUGAUCUCCAUAACGGCGAUGAAGUUAUUCUCCAGUAUCAUCUGACCCCAACCCCACACCCACAUCCCUACGCUCUUUCUGCUUUGAAAACAGAUCCUGCUACGCGCUUGGGGGUUUCUAUCCGUGGUCAAGAUAGUCACGGAGGUUUUCAUUGCUGGCUGGAAGCGACCGGGGAGUGCAAUUUGCGAAAAGUGAACACACUUGUGGACAUUCUGGAAGGCUAUUCUACAGAGGAGAGCCAGGGGUUCAAGAGACGCUGGUUUGUUACCAAGUCUAUCAAUAGGUCAAAUAGUGAUCCUCCGGGGAGAAAUAGAUUCAUAACACUGGAAAUCUCAGAGUUCAGGAUAGUUGGGAAAGAGCGAACAGAACUUCGAUAUUUCUUAGUACAGAACUAG